AUUUUACACUUUCUGUAUUUUGUAUUAAUAUAACGAAGCUGAAGAAUAUAUGUGAGUUCCACAUUUUAGCCCCAAAGGGGCUGCGCUAACAAGCUUUUUCACCAUUUUUUUUUACUGAAUCCUUCAAAAAAUGUCAUAAGAAAGUAGUUCAUAAAUUCUAAUGAGAUGUUAGUGAUAUACAGUCCUUGAUCGUUUAUUAACAACGUUUGUCACAUUGUACAAGAGGUACAGGAGAUGGAUGCAAAUUUCUAGCUUAAAUACUUCAACACUUGUUUUAGAUCGUGUUUUACGAAACGGUAUGUAAAAUAUCUGUAUAUGACCAUUUAUGGGUCGUGUUGUUUCAUAAAAGGAUUCAUAGUGCUAAACUGCUGUUAAAGAUAUUUCGGUUCUUUUUGUUGAAUAUUUUUUUAAACUGAUUUUGUCCAAUAAAUAAACAAUGAUCAUGUUAAGUUUUAAUAAUAUUGAUGUUGAGUAGGUCUAGAACAGGUCCAGCUCAUAAGCUCAGAUGAAAUGAACUGAUGAAAUGUUGAAAACAAUCAGCUUUUAUAACAAGAACUGUUUCAAAAAUUCAGUUCUACGGACUGAGCUCUCCGAAAAUUUCUAUUCUUUUUGGAACAGCAUUUCAAUAACAGAACAAUGGUUUUCUAAUUUGGAAAUAAUCUGACCAAAAACAACAGAUCAAUUCCUAUCAAAGAGACUGUUUGAACAGCUUCUGGGAACUGAACUGUUCUAUUCCUAGUAUUGAAGAGCCAUUUUUUCGUUUUAUAGCAGUGGUAUUUAUUAUACAAUAAGAAAUAUCCUACAAAUAGAAAAUUGUCGUCAUUUAAAUCUUUAUUUUUUCUGCAGCACAAGAAGACAAUGGUCUUGGUCAAGAUUAUUUUUCUGCUCCACGAAUAACGACUGCAGAUUAUAAUAAUGUAAAUGAGCAUGCAAUGACUCAAGAUACAUUUGAACAAUAUCGCCAUCAAUUAAUUGUUUCUAUUCAAAAUGAUAAAGUUCUAACUGAUAUUAUUUGUGAACGUAUUGUUCAUUCUUAUUCAACUGAUCUUAUUCGAACAUAUUGUACUAUGAUUGAAAAUAAUUUUGAUAAUAAUCUUAUUCAAUAUCAACAAGCAGUUGAAUUUGUGUCACGUUGGUUAUUACAUAUAGAAGAUAAUGAUCGUCAAUCAUUAGAUGGUUAUUCGAAUAAAAACAUAUGGCUUCUUGCACAUAUAUAUACAACAUUUGAAUAUGAACAAAAUGAUCUUAUAUCAAUGUAUUCAGCAAUUCGAAUUAUUAAUCGUAUUGAUUCAACACGAUUAUCUUAUGACAAUAUAUUCAAUGAAGAAAAUAUGACACGUUCUAAUUUACGUGAAACAUUUUUUUGUUUAAUAUUCGAUUAUUUAUGGGAAACUCUUAAUAAAUUAUGUACAAAUAAUCAAAAUCAUGAUAUAUGGUUAUGUGCUUAUACAUUUAUUUCAAAAUAUUAUCCAUCUGAAAAAGUUUUACGUAGUACACAAUUAUAUAGUAUUAAAAAUCAA